AUGGCCGCCAACCGUGACGAGGAGAUAGCUGGGCUGCGCUUGCUUCGUGAUUCGUUGUACACAGUGGAGUACGCAUUGUGGUGCUACGUCAAGCGGCUAAAGGUUCUGCGGGACAGCAUGCUAGUGAUCGACCUGUUCAUCCUCAUAUGUGGCUUUGCCGAGCUCAUCAUGUCAACAGACGGCGGCAACAUUGUAUUGGAGAACUUCAGCCUGCUCCGGAUCCUCCGAAUUGCUCGGAUCAUGCGCCUGCUGAAACUUUUCCGACGGUUCAGCUACUUGAAGGAGCUCCGCAAGUUGCUGUCCAUGGCCACAUCCUGCAUGCGGACGCUGUGCUGGUCCUUCCUCUUCUGCUUCAUGGUCAUGACCAUUUGGGCGAUGCUCAUGGUGGAUCUCGUGCAACCGCUGAUCUUGGAGCUGGGGAAGGCUGGCGAGUUCAACGACUGCGAGCAAUGCCUGCGCGCGGCAGCAUCAGUGAUGAAUGCGAACCUUCUGCUGUUCAAGACAGUUAUCGCUGGCGACGGCUGGGGCAAAAUCGCCGUUCCGGUGAUUGAGGCCUAUCCUGCCACUGCUGUCAUCUUCGUGGGCUCGUUGCUCACGCUGGUCUUUGGGGUACUGAAUCUCAUCGUCGCUGUCGUGGUGGACACCUUUGCCGAGGCAAGAGAGAAGGACGUCAUGAACCGGGCGGAGGAGAUGGAAACUGACAUUGAAAUGGACAAGAAGUUUCUGCAGAAGAUCUUCGACCGCGUUGAUGAGGAUGGAAGCGGGGAGCUCACGCUAAGUGAGCUUAUCGAGGGAGCUCGAAAGGACGCGGAGUUUCAGAGCCGCCUCCGUGUUAUGGAUAUCGAUGAGGCUGACCUGCAGCAGCUUUUUCAGAUGAUCGACAUCGACGAUUCUGGGACGGUGGAGAGAGACGAGUUCAUACAGCCACUGAGCCGAUGGGUACACGACUCCAAAACCGCCCCUCGCUUCAUCAAGUACAAUCUGAUGCGAUCCCUCCAUGAGCAGGAAAAGUUGAAGAAGCUCACAGAGGUCAGAUUUGAGCAGAUGAACUCACACAUCCAAAGGAUUGCGUUAAGCCUGGGCGUCCGCCUCGAGCGUCCAUCCACCAGGUCAGAAAGAAGGGGCAGCCAUCAGAAGACGUCCAUUCGGCGGUCGUCCAGUGGCUGUGCAAGGCAGAACCAAGCUGCGGAUGCCCUGCCGGGCGAUGACCAGUCUACGCUCCCCUCGCCCACGGAAGCAAACUCGCAAUACGAUGAAGGUUCUUCGAGUAUGCCAGUCCAGUCGGCGCACCAGGAGCCCUCGAUGCUGACGCAGUCCACGCAGGAUCUGGAGCAGGUGGGCAACACUCUGGACUUCUCGAACUUCAAGGACCUGUACUUCAAGAACCGGCGAUCCAAGCAAGAGGACAGCCAUCAGCUUUUGGAGGCAGUGGGCCCGGAGCUGCCGGAACCCUCCGGCUUGCCGGCCGAGGGUUUGGGAGACGAAAACCUGGAUGGCGUUCUCAACUCCACAUUGCAGGCCGCCGAAGAGCUUGUGGCCGAGGCGGCUUCUGCAGCCCUGGCCAGGGCCGGCUACACCUUGCACUUGCGGCUGAAGGCGAUGCUGAGAAACGGUUCAGUGGACGAGACCCAAGAGGAUGAGGACGACGGCGGCUCGGCGUUGAGUCCGCGGUGCAUCGCUGGCCACAUGGGCCCAGAUCCGUCCCAGGGCCCAUUUAGGCCACGCGCGGAGCCCCACGCUGCCGAUAUGCCAUGCCAAGUGCCUCAGCAACCGCAACCCCCAGUACCCAGCCAAGGUGCGGCACGGCAUCGUUGGAUGGUAGCCGUUUGA